UACUAAUAUAUCCAACUAUCUGUAAUAACUAAAUUAUCCAACUAUUACUUAUCUGUAUCAACGAGGCUAUACGCCUCGCUACGCUCGGCGCACAACGCCUCGCAGCAUAUUUUAUAGGGCUUAGUAUUCUGUGCACCCAGAGCGCUAUAAACGAGAGUGUUCCAUUAUACCCGGGGCCACCUUUCGAGAUUAACAUUGCAACUCGUGAACACUUGGACUCCAUUUACUUAUGCAUCAUAUACUUCUGGCCAUAAGUUUGGCCAUUCUUAGUAGUUUGCCGACAAGAGGCGGAGAGUUGCAGUCCUCUCCUUCGGGGCCUUCUACCCCGUGGCUACAGCCAGCAAGUUGGGUCCCUGCAGAUGCGGAGAAAGUCAACGACUUGGAAGCACUGCUAAAGGCCCGCGCAAGCGCUGAUCGAUGGGUUACAGUCUUCUGUUUCUCUGUACCGGAGAAACCUGUUGGCAGUGCCGAGGAGGAAAGCUUCAUGCGAUUGGCGCUUAAUACGCUGUACUCUUACCGGACGUUUGGUCAAGCUACGUUUGACAUUGUGGCGGCAAUCAGCCCAGCUGCCCUUUUAAAGUGCCAAACGUUUAAAUUACCGUGCUUCAACGCUUCUCACUAUGCUGCGAAUGCCCGGACCCUUAGGACUAUUAGUUGGGCGAAGGAAAAGCUAGGCCGUGACGUCUUGAAGCUGGGUUAUAAUCUACAUAUUUCGGACCUGGACGUGACCUACCUCAAGCCUAUACCUCUAGCUAUUAAAGAGGUCUUUUCUUGGAGCAAUGGCGCCGCCGAUGGCAGCAUGAUGCAAGAGGAAGUGGUGCUGGACAAUCCCCAGGAUCCCGGCAGCCGGCGCCCAUUGUUCAUUGCCAACGCAGGGGUGAUGUUUCUGCGUGCCACGAACCGCUCAGUGGCCUUCCUGGAGUCGCUGCUGCGCUGGGAAUCUGAAGUGGACAUGGUGCAACGCAUAGCCGCUGAUGUCGCCUACCAGUCCUGGGCGCCCUGUUCCGAGGAGUCCACCUGUCUGUCAGCACAGCGCCAAGGUUUGGCCGCAAUCACAAUGCACCCAACACAGUUUGCGCAUUCCAACUGCCAGCCAGAAACGUGUUACCACCCCUGCGCCUCUCGCCGCCUGUAUGCGCACGCCAUAUGCCGAGGCGCCUACACUGAAAAGGAGGCCUUCCUGCGCUCGCUGCAUUUGAUGUUUAUCCGAAAUAGUAGUUACACAGGCGGUGGCGGUGGGGUUACAGGGGGUGGCGUCGGGGCGAGUGGUGAGGUGGGGCUGCUAGAUGAUGUGGAGCUAGCGGCGAGUAGACUGCCCUGUCCUGACAAGCAGCAGCGCGCAUGGAGGGCACGGUUCUACAGCGCCUACACCACGGAAAAGGUGCAGCAAGGCGCAGGGCAGGUGACAGGUGGAGGGGGGCAUCAGUGCCGUUGGCAGUGGGUCAGUGGUGGCAGGUGUUACUGCUGAUGAUGGUCCAACGAAGGGAGUGUUGCGCAGUUGACUGCCUGGGCUGGCUGCUGUUGUCUCAAAGCAGGUGCAGGAUUAGGCGAAAAGUGCAUGAGCGGAUUCCUCGAGGCUUACUGCUGCAUUCAUGCCCGUCCAACACAGGCGGCGGCAGCCCGUGCCAUCAUGUGUCAUAGUGGCUUGGUGGCGUUGUAGUGGCUGCGGACUGCAGUUUGGAAAAUGUUUAGUGCUUGGGUUCGGCUGGCUCAUGGCACAAAAAAGGACACGCCUUGUGGGCCUUACAUGUUAUGUACGGAGCCCCUGCUGCUAUUUGUGAUGCAGAGAUCCCCUGCAUGCAUUGACCAUGGAUGACUGCUUUGUUGAAUUAUGGUUGUUGGCCUUGUUGCUAGCCGCUACCAGAGGGACAAAGUGGAGCAGCUGGCGUCGGUGUAUGUGAUGAUAGGACCCAAAAUAUGUAAGGCUGCUAAUAGGUAGUUGCUUUGUUCAGU